UAGAGCCGUGUCAGGAAUUUCCAGAGUCCAAUCGUGAGGAAUUUUAAAGAAGACCUGGCAACCCGGCUGGAGUAAACAGGAAGUGCUGAUGAUGAGGAAAGCUAGGAAGCUUUCACACCUUUCACACCUUCUCCACUUGUAAAUUAGGUAAACGAGCGUUUGAGUGAUCAUGGGAAAGAGCUGUAAGGUGGUGGUGUGUGGCCAGGCGUCUGUGGGAAAGACGGCUGUCCUUGAACAGUUACUGUACGGGAAUCACGUUGCUGGUUCUGAGCCCAUGGAGACGUUGGAGGACAUCUAUAUCGGCUCGGUGGAGACAGACCGAGGUACAAGGGAGCAGGUGCGUUUCUACGACACGCGGGGUUUGCGUGAAGGCGUCGAGUUCCCACGACAUUAUUUUGGCUUCGCUGAUGGCUUCGUGCUCGUCUACAGCAUCGACAGCAAAGAGUCCUUCAAGCGCAUGGAGAUUCUGAAGAAAGAGAUCGACCGCUGCCGUGACAAGAAAGAGGUGACGAUAGUGGUUUUGGGGAAUAAGCUGGACAUGGCGGAGCAGAGGAGAGUGGACAGCGAGACGGCUCAGCAGUGGGCUCGUCAGGAGAAAGUCAGGCUCUGGGAGGUUUCUGUGACCGACAGGCGUUCUCUCAUUGAGCCCUUCGUGCACCUGGCCAGCAAGAUGACCCAACCACAGAGCAAAUCCACUUUCCCUUUGAGCCGCAACAAGAACAAGAGCAGCGGCUCUCAGGACAGCUAGACAGGGACAGAGGCAACCCGAGAAGGAGGAGAAACACUGGACAGGAACAAGAACUGAUUUUGUCUGAACUGUUCACAAUUUCAAUAUAUUAGCUCGUUAAUUAAUUGUAUUUUAUGCACAUUUUUAUCACUUUUUUGUGUUUUUCUGUACAAACUAGUGAAGGACAGAGGUGUUUAUACUUCAAGCAUUUUAUUCUGCUGUAUAAGGGACAUGUUCGAACCAAAUUAGAGAUGUCUGGGGAAAAUAGAAUACUGUUACUGAGUGAAAAAAGCAUUACAUGUUUUGCCCAUUCUUGAUAUUUCAUUAUCAAAUGUACUGUACAUAUUUCCUGUGCUUUUACUUGCUAUUAAAUGCUUUGUGAAGGAA